GCCGGGUAGUGAUAGACCGAACAACAGGAAUAGUCUGGGAUGUAUCCACGUAAACAAGCUUAUGCCGAACAGCCCUGUGCACAUAGGGGGGGCGGCGUAAGAGAUGGAGAGAUUUAAUGAUCACAAGGCUACCGUUGCCCGGUACGAUGUGCGAGUUGAGAUUCUUGAGUUCCAGAGCGCAGUAUCUUAGGAAUGCCAUGGCACCAGAGGAAAACGCUAGCUUGCUCAACACUAGCUAGUAGCUUACAAGCCGCAGAUCAUCACGACUAGGCUUCAGCAGAGAAUACUGUGGAGGAUCAAGCCGUUGACGGAGUGCUAAAAGUGGGAUGGAGUGGCUUUCACUGCUGGACUUCUAUUAAGCUCGUCUAUAGGACAGGUAUGAUCAGGUAAUUUGUGAGGAGAGACGUCCAUCUGGUGAAGGUUAAGAUGAACCGUUACACAACACACAAGCAGCUGGGCGAUGGGACCUACGGCAGUGUUCUGAUGGGGAAAAGCAAUGAGUCUGGAGAGCUAGUGGCCAUAAAGAGAAUGAAGAGGAAGUUCUACUCUUGGGAAGAGUGCAUGAAUCUGAGAGAGGUCAAGUCACUGAAGAAACUGAAUCAUGCUAAUGUGGUAAAGUUAAAGGAGGUGAUACGAGAGAACGAUCACUUGUACUUUGUCUUUGAAUACAUGAAAGAAAACCUCUACCAGCUCAUGAAAGACAGGGAAAAUAAGAUGUUUACUGAGAAUGAACUAAGGAACAUCAUGUUUCAAGUUCUUUCUGGUUUGGCAUUUGUGCACAAGCAUGGAUUUUUUCACCGGGAUAUGAAACCAGAGAAUUUGCUGUGUAUGGGCCCAGAACUGGUGAAAAUCGCUGAUUUCGGACUGGCUCGAGAGAUCCGCUCUAGGCCUCCUUACACAGACUAUGUCUCAACAAGAUGGUAUCGAGCUCCAGAGGUGCUGUUGAGGUCACCAGUGUAUAGUUCACCCAUAGACAUCUGGGCAGUAGGCUGCAUUAUGGCUGAACUCUACACGCUAAGACCUCUGUUUCCUGGCAACAGUGAGGUGGAUGAGAUCUUUAAGAUCUGCCAGGUCCUUGGUACAGUAAAGAAGUCAGACUGGCCGGAGGGUUAUCAGCUAGCUGCUGCGAUGAACUUCCGUUUUCCCCAGUGUGUUCCUACACCACUGAAAACUCUGAUCCCCAACGCCACCAAUGAGGCUUUAGACCUCAUGAGAGACUUCCUCCACUGGGACCCAAAGAAAAGACCCUCUGCUGCAAAGGCACUCAGAUACCCCUACUUCCAAGUUGGACAAGUGUUGGGUCCCCGUCCCAUGACCCCUGAUGUACGGAAGGCUCAGAUAAAGACCGUCCUGCCCAGUGAACCCAGAUCAGAGCUGCAGUGUGUCUCAGAAACAGUGCUGCCAUCACAGACUAAAGGCCAAAGUAGAAACUCCCAUCAGCCACUGCAGCAGAUUCCUUUGCCUCAGUCUCUCCCUCAGACAGACCCUCUCGCUUCAUACACACAAAAGGUGGUCGGGGGUGAGAACAGCUUGAUUGGACUGAAGAACGGUCGAAGAAGGUGGGGACAGUCAAACAUGAAACCAUCAGACAGCUGGGAUGAGUCUGACUGUUCUGAUACUGCAGCUUCCCUCUCUAAAAAACCCAGCAAAGGCCUUGAGGAGGAGAAAACUACACCACAGCCCAAGGACCAGAAACCCUUUUACACAUUUAGCACUGUAACCAAGUUACCGAACACCAGCAGACUGAACCAGCCAGACUCUAGUCACCAUAUCACCUCUUCAGCCAGACAACAUUACCUGCGCCAGUCCAGAUACCUGCCAGGGUUAAUAAACAAGAACACACCAUCUCCGAGCAGCAAGGAGUCUCAACAAGACUUGUGGGACACCUCAGCUCUGAUUAACAAACCUCUCGCACCAAUUGGAGGAGCUCCAAUGUCCAGAAUCAGCCCAGAGGAAAGCAGCAGUAAAGCCACAGAUAAAGCUAAAGAAAGGACACUAGAGCAAAAUGAACAGGUUAAAGGAAACUUUGUAACCACUACAUACAAUCUCUCUGGAGGAUACAUGCCUUCUUUCCAGAAAAAGGAAGUGGGGUCCGUAGGACAAAGGAUUCAGCUCGCCCCUCUCGGACACCAGCAUGCGCUUGAUCUCUCUGCCACUGCUGACUCUAAAACUGGCAAAGCUAAACCUUCAAAGUCCAAACCUUCCUCUACAGUUUCAGUCAAUGAUAUCUCUGAAGAUUAUGAUGGAUGGAAAAGGAGAGCAGACCGAACCCAACUCAAGGCAACAAGUUACUCUGCUCUAGGCAAAAACUCCGCCAAUCUCAUCGCUCGCGCUCCACCGGCUCAGCCAGUGCAUGGACGGGUUGAUUGGGCUGCAAAAUAUGGAAACCAUCGCUAGUACAUCUCAUGCGGGCUACAGCUGCCGUGAGGACUAAAGUCGGUUUCAACAAUCGUAAAUAAGAAAUACAAAGAUGUUAUAUGAUAUCGGUUUAUACAGUAGAGGAGCAGCUAGUUCCACACCACACCAUGUAAGCCCAUGGCUGCUUAAUUGUUCAAUAAAGGCAAGAAUCUUUGAACAAUGGCUGUUUAAAAAAAACUUAAUUUGAUCAUCUUCAGUAUCUUUCAGUUUUGUUCAGUUUAUGCAUUCAAUGCCUGUAAUCCUUUUACAAUAAAUUGGAUAGAUCAAUAUUAUUUUUGUAACUUUGACAUUUUUUUAGAUAUGCUGUUAAAUAUUCUAUUUUUUUCUUCUUUUUUGCAUUACUAUGAUUCAUGCUGGAAAGCAGUGUUUUUUUUUUUUUUUAAUUUUCUUGUAUCAUUUAUGGCUUGUAUAAUUGUUUUCUGUAUUGAGAACUAUUACAUGAACAUAUAAUGUAGACAGCAUUUAUUGGGUUGGACCGAAGUCAAAUCAAUAUAUGAUGUUUUCUAAGUAUUUUAUAAGCAUAAAAUGGGCAUGUUUUUAACACGAGUCUUUAAUUCAGAAAUUCACCUUACAACAAUGUUUUUUAUUGUACAUUUUAUACAAAAUACUUAUAAGGACUAAGAGCUGUAAUUACAUGUUGUUCAGCAAGAAUGAUUACACUUGAAUGAAAGUAGAUGGUGAUUUCUGAAUGGAUCAUGAUUGCUGAGGUUUCUGUAACAUUCCGGCUCCAAGUUUUGCCAGCAUCAGGACACUGCAAGGAACAAUUAAAGGAAUAGUUUAGCCAAAACUGAAAAUUUUGUCAUCCAGCUAUGUAAAAGACAAAUUGUCUGUUUUUACUCAGAGCUAUUGGAUAAAUUCAGAAGAAAAUAAAUCCAGCAGAUGAGGCAUGUGCACUA